AUGGUCCUUCGUUUUGUACGUAAACCGCGGGGCGGCUGCUUAAAGCUGCUCUAUUUGGCCGGCUUCAGUUGCUUAUUCUUCUUUCUAUCCAGUCAAUUAAAGAAUUCACAAUCGUUUGCGAAGGCGAUUGUUGCUCCUUUUGAGAAGGAUCGAGGCGUCCAACCUUUGCCGGACGAAUCGAAGGAGUAUGCCAAUCAUGAGCAUCCAGGAGGUGCACAGAGAGAGCCAGCUCCUCUUCCAAUUAUAAAAAACGAAGAUGGCGAUGGUGUCGAUCCAGAUAGAGUAGAUGGACCUGAUGUAAUGUAA